GAGAGAGAGAGAGAGCGGCGGCCCUGAGUUCUCUGAGACAGGGACUGAGUGAGUACCCGGCAUCGAGAGAGGGCCAUCACGGCUGUCUACUGGCACCGGGACUGCUGCUGUCGCCGCCACCACCUGAGACCUUCAUCGUGCAACAGCCAAAGGCCGAGGCCAUGCUCGGAGACUGAGGAGGACAUCGAGGAAAGAGCGACAGGAAAUCCCGAUACGACAAGGGCGAGUGUGGAGGGGCCGGAGUAGCGGCCGCCGCUUGUCAGAUCUCUUUCGUGAUAGUGUGGACAUCUUGAUAUCAAGCCAGGACAAUGAGUGAACUGGAACAGUUACGGCAAGAAGCAGAACAAUUGCGGAAUCAAAUUAGGGAUGCAAGAAAAGCAUGUGGUGAUUCCACCCUAGCCCAGAUCACAGCUGGAUUGGAUUCAGUCGGUCGAAUCCAAAUGCGCACAAGACGUACAUUGAGGGGACAUUUGGCUAAAAUCUACGCCAUGCACUGGGGAUCAGACUCCAGACUUUUAGUCAGUGCAUCUCAAGAUGGAAAGUUAAUCAUCUGGGACAGUUAUACAACAAACAAGAUGCAUGCUAUCCCUUUGCGAUCAUCAUGGGUUAUGACUUGUGCAUACGCUCCAUCUGGAAACUAUGUUGCUUGUGGUGGGCUGGACAACAUCUGUUCAAUAUACAGCUUGAAAACAAGAGAGGGCAAUGUUCGUGUGAGCAGGGAACUACCGGGUCACACAGGCUACUUAUCAUGUUGUCGUUUCCUGGAUGACAACCAAAUUGUUACAAGCUCAGGAGAUACGAGUUGUGCAUUAUGGGACAUUGAAACAGGCCAUCAAACUACCAUGUUUACAGGACAUACUGGGGACGUCAUGAGUCUCACUCUUAGUCCUGACAUGAGAAUUUUUGUUUCUGGUGCUUGUGAUGCUUCUGCCAAACUCUGGGAUAUUAGAGACGGAAUGUGCAGACAGUCAUUCACUGGACAUGUGUCUGAUAUUAAUGCAGUUUGUUUCUUCCCUAAUGGAAAUGCAUUUGCCACUGGGUCAGAUGAUGCCACUUGUAGAUUGUUUGACCUCCGAGCAGAUCAGGAGCUGAUGAUGUAUUCCCAUGAUAACAUUAUCUGUGGGAUUACAUCAGUUGCAUUUUCCAAAAGUGGGCGCCUCCUGCUUGCAGGGUAUGAUGACUUUAAUUGCAAUGUUUGGGACUCGUUGAAGGGCGAUCGUGCAGGAGUGCUUCCUGGACAUGACAAUCGUGUCAGUUGUUUAGGUAUCACUGAUGAUGGAAUGGCUGUAGCAACAGGAUCAUGGGACAGUUUCCUGAAAAUCUGGAAUUGAAGAAAUGUCACCUGAAUAUCAUUCAUUGAGACUGGGUUGCCUAAGCUGCAGUCAACAGCAAUGAAAUAACAUUCUUUUUACUUAGUAUUUGCAGGUGACAUUUUUCUAUCGUUGAAUACAAUUGUAUAACAAGGCUUCUGUAAAGUAGGCAAAUCUACGAGGAAAAAAACCCUGACAACUGUUAAUUUUAAAAGGGGCUAGCACAUGUAACCAUGGUGACUAGAAAAUAUUUCAACUAACCAUUGUUUAGUUCUAAUGGCUGAAUUGUUUGGAGGGUUUUUGCUCAUUUUAAAUCUGCUAAUCUGUUGUUUUGUACAUAAGGAAUGUACACAUUACAGCAGCUAUUAUGUAACAUUUGUCUAUGUAAAAAAUGCAUUUUUAAAACUAAGUUUCUAGCCUGUAUUUAUCAGAAGUCACACUCUGAACUUAGUGAUGGAUAAAUUGGUUGCUGUUGAGAUUUUUUUUGUGAAUUAACUUAUUGUGAAAAAUUUAACUUUGGUCGUAUAUGUGCACACGUGCGUUUUUUUUUGCAGCGGUUUUUUUUUUAAUUAUAGAAAACAUUCCAUCUGUGUGCUUUGUUUUGUGAAUGCAUAUGCACUGUUUAACCAUACACAGAUGUACAGAAGCAGAGCCAAUCAUGUGAAACAAAAUGCUGGUGCACAUUUUACAAGAAAAUGCAUGUACAUCAGUCUUUUAUGGUAACACUUAUCUAAUGAUUUGCACCCAGGACAGGCAAUGCCUAUCUUGUGUUUCUGUAUACCCAAGUCUCUCCCCUGCUUUCUCCCAACCCCCAUUCUCUGCUAAUGGUGGUGACAUUUAUAAAGGGUCACAGGUGCUGGCAGCAUCUUGCUCAAGUGUUUUUGCAUGUACCUGGACUGUGAUGGACCAUAUAACUGGGGGACAUCAUAAUUCAUCCAAUGAUCUCAAUUAGCAUCUACAUAUGCACUUUCCAGCAGGAACCACACAUUCAUGAUCAGGAGUGGAACACGUUUUCUGCAUUCCUUCCCUACAAAUAAUCAGCUGCCACCCAAAAAAAAAUCAGAUCUAACAGAAACAAUGUGCAAUUGAAGCUGGUGCCUUCUUGAUUAUUUUGACUUGAUAGUGAAUUUAGCUGCUGGCCUAUUAGAGUUUUGCUUGUGAUUAACAUUCAGGAUAAGUAGGGAAAAAUAUUUUUUUCUCCCUAAGUAUCAAACUGAGCGUGUGCAUUUUUUAAACCUGAAAUUUGAUUACAUAAUGUAAUAAAUGGCCUUUUCUAACAUGCCCAACAUGACAAUUUAUGUGGGAAAUAGUUGGAUUUUUUUGAAGUGAAAAAAUAAAUUACCAACAUUUGGAAGCAUGAGCAAUUACAACUGAAUAUAAAGUGCAUAGUUUACAUGGUGAUUUAUUGAAAUUCAUUUUGGUUUUACUUUAAGACCAUUUGCGACUAGAAAAGUAUUGAAUUGCAUAAAGGUCUUGUUGAUUUAGUAUGACUUGAGUGUCAUGACUCAACCCUCCAAAUUGUUGACUAGUCUUGGGUGUAUGUGUGCCUCAUAAACCACAUAAAUCUAGUUUUUAGCUUUGUUUACAUUGAUGUGCCAAUAACACAAGUAUCUAGUAGCAAAGUGCAUUGAUUAGAAGUCAGUUUUAAAGCUUUGGGACCAACAAACACUACAAGCAAAUUUAGGCUGAGGUAGCCAGCUCUCCCCCAGAAUAGAGGCUUUGGAGAAAAAGCUUUUUUUUUUAAAAGAAGAAUAUUCAUCAGUAAUGUGUGCAGUUCCUUAAAGUCAGGCCAGUAUUAUCUUUUGCAGGUGUACUUUUAAAAUCUUGAUUGCCUUUGGACUUAUUUAUUUGGAUAUCUUUCAAUCCAGUAAACCCUGAAAUAGCUUCCAUCUGAACAGACCUGAGAAAUAUUUUAUACAAAUACAUUUACCUCUUCCAGGUAAUGUAUGGAGUAAAAUGAGCUUGCUAUGUAAUUAAUUUCAACAAAACAUUAAGCAUCUGAUUUAAACUUUUUGAACUUUGCAAAGCCUUCAUUUAAAAUCAAUGUGCCAUAAUUAGUUUUAAGUAUAGAACUCCAGCUUUAGGUGUAUAUUUUUUGACCUGGAGCUUUUCACAUAUGCUUUUAACCUUUAAAAUUAUCAGCCAUACUUUAAAACAAAUAAUUACUUAAUUCUAAUGAGUACGUAUGUACAUUGUAGUCCAAGUUUAGCACCAACAUUAAUGGCUUAAGUAGCCUGUGUCAUGCCUUUUGAUUUUUGAAUUGUGUAGUCUAGCAAAUUGUACUGAAGAUUGCUUGGCUUAACCUGUCUGGGGUAUGCUGGUCAUGCACAUGGCUUUCAUAUGCCCUGCAGUGAAUGGCGAAAAUGGAGCUUGAUUUGACGAUGUUGUUAAAUUUGAGUCGGUUUAACAUAAAUGCUGAAAAACUUGGGUGUUGCCCAUUUUAGAUAUCCACCUCGGAAGUGAAGAUGUGCACUUACAACUUGAAUGCAAUACAUAAACUUAAAUUAUUUUCUCAAAUGUAUUGCUUCAAGGAUAGAGUGGUCUGAAGAUUCAGGAUAAAAGGUACAUUUCAGAUGUGAUCAGUUGUACUCUAAAGCAGACCAACAAAAGAAAUGCCUUGAGCCUUCCAGAGUGGAUAUCUACAGUGUAAAAUAAUAUGCAGAAUAUACAUGCAGUUUUGUGUAAUUUGCUGUCAAAUUCAGUAUUAAAAUCAUUGGUCUGAGAAGUGCAAAACCAGUUAUUCAGCCUGUACAAUACAGAACUUUACAUAGCUGGUGUUUCAACUUUUUCUCUGGUUACAGUAUUAACACCAAUUUUGUAAUACUGAACUGCCUUUAGAUUUUGUAUCAAAAUAAAAGUAAGUUUUAUUCAGCCAAUAAACCAACAAUUCGUGCCAUGUGUUUUCUCCUAUUGUGCUAUUGUAUAAAAUAUGAAAUGAUCUUCACUUGCUGUAUCUUUGUUUAUAGUCUGUUUUCACAUUAACUUUCUUUGUAUCUGUACAGUGGCUCAGUGAAACUAAUGUUGCGAUAAAUUGAUUGUAACCAAUAAAGAUGCUUUUAACCAAG